AUGUUAAACCUCAUCAGUCGCAAAAACAUUCCCAUCACUUCCACUUUCUCUUCCCUCUAUUUCUCUUCAAACUCUAUCAAAAAUACUAACACAAACACCAAAAACAACACCAACAUCAAAAACACAAACACAAACACCAUCCUCCAAAUCCUAACAAACCCCAAAAACAAUACCAACAUCACAAAAGCCACAUCGCUCACCAAACAACAUCUUCAAAACUCAAACAAACCCACAAACACAUGUUUCUCUCUUCCACGCGCUCAAUUCCAACCACACCACCACUCCCCGCUCAUUUGA